UGUCAAAAUUGCCCCACAAAACGUCAAAGUUUUAAUCAGAAAAGAUCAGCCACAAGCACGGUUUACACACCUUUUCGGUGUUACGCAAAGAUUUACAAGAAGCCGGCACAAUUUCGUUGCAUUUAUUGCAUUAAAACACGUUUACUUCAAUCCUUGCAAGACUAAACCACAUCAGCAGCAAUGGCCACCCAGUUCCUGAACCGAAUCGGCCAGCUCGGUCUGGGCGUCGCAAUCGUCGGCGGAGUCGUCAACUCGGCGUUAUAUAAUGUCGACGGUGGCCACCGGGCGGUCAUCUUCGAUCGCUUUACCGGCGUCAAGCAGACGGUCUCCGGCGAGGGCACGCACUUCUUCGUGCCGUGGGUUCAGCGGCCAGUCAUCUUCGACAUCCGGUCGCAGCCGAGAAACGUUCCGGUGGUGACCGGCAGUAAGGAUUUGCAGAACGUGAACAUCACGCUGCGUAUUCUGUUCCGACCGGUGCCGGACCAGCUGCCGAAGAUUUACACCAUCCUGGGUCAGGAUUACGACGAGCGUGUGCUGCCGUCGAUUACGACGGAGGUGUUGAAGGCCGUGGUGGCCCAGUUCGACGCCGGUGAGUUGAUCACGCAGCGUGAGAUGGUUUCGCAGAAGGUGUCGGACGAUCUGACCGAACGUGCGGCCCAGUUCGGCGUCAUCCUGGACGAUAUCUCGAUCACGCAUCUGACCUUCGGCAAGGAGUUCACGCAGGCCGUCGAAAUGAAGCAGGUCGCGCAGCAGGAGGCGGAAAAGGCUCGCUUCAUGGUCGAGAAGGCGGAACAGAUGAAGCAGGCCGCGAUCGUUUCGGCCGAGGGUGACGCCGAAGCUGCCGCGCUGUUGGCCAAGUCGUUCGGCGACAGCGGAGACGGUCUGGUUGAGCUGCGAAGAAUUGAGGCCGCUGAAGAUAUCGCGUACCAGAUGAGCCGAUCCCGGGGCGUGUCGUACCUGCCGGCCGGCCAGACGACGCUGCUCAGCCUGCCACAGUAGAUUCGGGAUUCGUGUCGGUGGACAAAAGCAUUUCUUUAAGUAGAUCGUAGACAGCAGAGAGUUUGAAUUUGUUUUAGUCAGUUUGGGGGAAAAGAAAAGCGGACGAUUCCAUUUGGUCCAUUAUCUGGAAGCGUUUUGAGGAAAAACCCAAAAACACACACACGCGACUGUUGUUAUUAUUUGACGCGCAGUUUUGUUACAAUAAUAUCCCCUCUCACUAAAAACAGUUGAACAAAAAUUGCAUUUUCCGGAAGCAUUAACCAACAAUUUGGCACGAUAUGGAGACGGUUAACAAAAGGGACCGGAGUGAAACCAUUUAUUUUAUACCAGGCAUUCUGUUUUUCUAAGUUAGAGUUAUCAUCACUCAACUUGCAUUGUUGUACAAUGCGAGUUUGGGUGGAGAAAAUAAACGAAAAGGAUGAAAAUCGUAAAGAA